AUGGGAGUUAUGCUUGAUUCUCAUCUUCAACAGUUAGACCGCGUUUUAAAGAUUAAAAACAAUAGUGUUCACUUUAUUCAUUUAAGAAAUGCAGGAACUUUGAAUGAUAAAAGUUCUUUAGAUGAGAGUACUUAUGAAAAACUUGCUGAAGAAACACUGGACUCAUUAGCAGACUUCUUUGAGGAUCUAGCAGACAAGCCUUUUACGCCUGAAGAUUAUGAUGUCUCCUUUGGGAAUGGAGUUUUGACAGCUAAACUAGGUGGAGACAUGGGAACCUAUGUAAUCAACAAGCAGACACCAAACAAACAGAUUUGGCUGUCUUCUCCCACUAGUGGGCCCAAACGUUAUGACUGGACUGGAAGAAACUGGGUGUAUUGUCAUGAUGGAGUAUCCCUGCAUGAACUACUAGCAGUGGAACUCUCAAAGGCACUAAAAACUAAAAUCGACUUAUCUCCCUUGGCAUACUCUGGAAAAGGUGGUACUUGAUCAUUUUCUACCUCAAAGAAAUCAAAAGACUUUGGCCUGUUGUCCCUUUUUGGUGUAUAGUUUGUAAGGUUAACACCUUGAUCUACUUCCAUCUUCAUAUUUUUUGUUUUAACUUCACUAUGUUGUGUAACAAUAAUGUGACCAUAAUAUAUUUUUCUUAUUCCUAUAUGUUUGUGUUAGUGUGUGAAUUUGUGUUUGUUAUAUGGGUUGUUUUGUGUGUGUGUGUGUGUGUGUGUGUCACUGCAUUCAAAAUUCAAAGCUAAUUAUGGCAUUGGACAUUGGUUGUCCCAGCCAUGUUCUGACCAUCUGGUUGGUGAUUCAUCAGUAAUGCACAGAUGAGAUCUCGUGACCAAAGACAACGGUGCUACUCGUGUUGGGCCCUUACCCUAGUUCAAUUAAAAUCAAUUAAAUUAACUGCAGCGGGGGAGAAGAGAUAUUAAGGUAAUAUUUUAUGUAAGAGCCUAUUGUGCUUAAAAGGAAAUGGAAAUGUUUUUAUUUUCCGUAACAGGUGUAAUAGGUGUAAUUUUCUUCUUAAAAUAUCAUGGGAUUUAAUCUGCAAUUCACAUUUCUGCCUUUUUCCCUUCAAUUUUUCAGGCUUAUUCUUUUAAACUAAACUUCCAGCUACCAAUUCUGCUUUCAGCAGGGGUCUAAGUAGUAAAAAAGAGUGUAAUAUUUUUGUUUAAAAAUGAUACAUUCAUAGUUGUAGAAAAAAGGAUUUUUUUUUACCUUUUCUCUAUUUCCUUUUGCUAUGAGUAUCUUCAUAAAGUAACCAUACAUUGCUUAAUAAUAUUAAUGAUAUAUUUAUGUCAAGUGAGGGUGUUCUAUUCCAAUAGAAAUAAGCCAAGCCAAGCCAAGUUUGGCAUAGCUCAUGAUGCACGUCUCAUGUUGUUGAAGUGAGGCACAAGGCCAAAGGCAAAGAGAUAACACAAGGCAUGCACUGAAACCCUGUUGUGUUAUUCCUGCCUUCUUAGGACUGAGAAACUGGAGCCUUCGGACUAGCUGAGAAAUGUAAAAAAAAGACAAAAAUAGGUGAUUUACUCGAGAUAUCACACCCAAAUAAUUUAUAAAGAAAUCAUUUAAUAAGUGACAUUCAAACCUUUGACACUAUAAAAGUUGCUUUAUUGUAACAAUAGUUAUUCCUUUUCAAAAAUUGUAUGUAAAAAGGAGCCCAAAUUUUCUGUCAUAUUUGCAAGACCAAGCCACAUGUAUGUAAGCUUUUAGCAUUAUAUUAAAAGAGACCUGAUACAGAUUUUGAAAUGCAAUGUUUUCUUGGCUUCUGAGUUCCCCUGACAACUUCCUUGUGUUUAUUAAAAUGACACGACUGCCUGUUUGGCUAAUACUGUUACUUUUGUGAUGUGUCGUUGAACAAUAUGUAAUAAAUAUACAGUAUUCUUAGGUGGCAUUGCCCAUUAUUUGGAAUUAAAAUGAAAUUCUUGAUACCAACUCUUGCCUGCUAUUAA